AUGCCUGGUCCACGGUCAUGGAGACCACUGCCACUGGCAGUCCCAGGUAUUCCAAGCCUGCUGGUCUGCACCGAUUUUACACCCCAGUCAUACUCGGUCCGCAUCACGGAUCUCGCCAACUUGUGGACCGAGAGCCUUGAGAAGAAGCCGAUCAUCAUGAGAGGCCUGAAGGAAGACACCAGCAUCGAUCCGACCGACGGGCCGGAUCAGAUACGGAAGCUCCUUGAUCUUCUUCGGGCAGCGUUUGACCCCACUUCUCCGGAGCAUGGCGACACCAGCAUGGCGCUCUCUAGAGGCGGGAGCGGCGACGCGGGCGACGACGGUCUCGUCAUCCACAUCACCGUCAUCCUACCGGGAGGUCUGCGCCCCCUCAAAUGGCCCAUGCACCUCAAGAAGUCCACUCAAUCGGCUAUCGCCACGGAUCUCGUGCUACCCCUGAUCCAAGCACACCACGCCCGGACACGGGAGAUGACCGAGCUGGUCGCCGCCUUGCGAGACAAGGACAGCGUGAUAACCAAGCUGGUCGACAAGCUAGAGGCCGUGGGAACGGGGCUCGAGCACACCUUCACCUCCCUCUCGGGCCGGCGCAAGGUGACGAGGGCGAUCGCUGAGGAGCGGGUGAAGGGUCUCGCACCCUUCAGGGAAGCCGAUUUCCGGAAGCGGGCCGUGGCAGCCAAGACCGAGGCCGGGCCAGCCGACAUCCCUGUACUGCUCGACGACGUAUUUGGCGGGGACGGAGGGCUGGCGUGCGGGGCCGACCUGGACAUUGACGAUUCGCCCGCCCUCAACGACUGGUGGGUGAAGCUUGGCAAGGGCAAGCACAUCGCCCUGGUGGAGCGCGGGAAGGAGAAGACCUCCAAGAAGACAGAAUCGCCACCGCCGCUUGUGCGGACCAGACGCAAGGCCGACACUGACGAUGAUGACGACGACGACGACGACGACUUCCAGGUCCAGGCCACCCCUCCAGGCCUCACCACCAGGAAGCGCGACAAAUCCACCCGGCGGCCCCAGGCACCACCCAGCGCAGCUGACGACGACGACGACGAGACCUCGGACGGCGAAGACGGAGAUGGAGCCAAGAUCCCCGACAGCAUGCCCGAACCACCAUCGCAGCAGCGCACCCGCCACGCCACAGACGCCAAGCCAUCCGCGUCCCGCCUCGGCGCAAUCGGCAAGCGGAUGAAGCCGGCCCCCAAAACCAGGACCCCGUCCCCGCCACCACCGCCGCCGGCGCAACCGGUCCGCCAGGACGACGACGAUGACGACGACGACGGCUCCGCCACCGCGUCGGACGUCGACGACGACGAGAACUCGCCGCCGCCGCCGCCGCCGCCGCCGCCAAAGACCCCGCCGCGGCGAGGCGCGCUGGGCCGUAUCGGCGGGGCCGGCGCCAGAGCCCAGGCAGGGCCAUCAUCGGCGCCGGCAGCUAAGGGACGGGAGGAGGAGAAAGACGGCGACGGCGACACCGCGGCGGCGGUGACGACGCCGAGGACCAGGGGCCGGCUGGGGGUUAUUGGGCGGAGGGGUGGUGGUGCUGCUGCUGCGGACGGGGAUGGAGAGAAGGAAGCAGAGAAGCGCGGGAGGGGAGGGACGCCGGUGGCGACGGCGGCGAAGGAGGAGGAGGAAGAGGAGCGGCCGCGGGAGACGUCGCGGGAGCGGGCGGAUAGGAAGAGGGCGGAAUUACAGGGCGAGCUGCAGAAGAGGGCUGGGGCCGGGCCGGCGAGGAAGAAGCGGAAGUUCUGA